AUGACAUCCAGGUUACGCUGCUUUUUUGAUAUUAAAAUUGAUGGCAAUGAUGCUGGCCGUAUCGUAUUUGAACUCUACAAUGAUGAGUGUCCGCGUACCUGCGAAAACUUUCGAUGUUUGUGUACAGGAGAAAAAGGCCGUGGUUUAACAUUAUAUAAAAAAUUAUAUUACAAAGGAUGUUGUUUUCAUCGAGUGGUGAAAAAUUUUAUGAUUCAAUCGGGAGAUUUUACUGAAGGCAACGGCACUGGUGGAGAAUCAAUUUAUGGUGGUACAUUUAAUGAUGAAAAUUUUCAAUUCAAGCAUGAUCGUCCGUAUCUUCUGUCGAUGGCUAAUCGAGGUCCACACACAAAUGGGUCGCAAUUUUUCAUUACCACGUCUGAAGCUUCACAUCUUGAUGGUAAACAUGUAGUUUUUGGUCAUGUCGUAUCCGGACAAUCGGUUGUUGAUGCAAUUGAGCAUAUACCUAUAGAUUCCAGUAAUAACCGACCAUUGAAAGAUGUUGUCAUAACUCAUUGUGGACAACUUGUGCUUGUAUCAAAAACUCAUAAGAAAAAGAAACAUAACAUUUCAACAGGAAAUGAAAGUAAGAAUGAACAAGGUAGUGAAAGUAGUUCAUCUUCCUUAGAGGAGGAUAAAAAAGAAAAAAACAAGAAACGAAAGAAAAACGAAAAGCAUCAGCAAAAGAAAGAAGCAAAACGUUUAGCAAAAGUUGCUGCUGGCCAAGAAAAUAAACUUGAGCAAUCAAUAAAUAAUGUCAAUAAAGAGCCUACUGAAAUAUCUGGUCGUGAUAUAAUGGGUCUUAAAGGAGUUAUUGACCCAGAUGAAAUACCUGAAAUACCCGCUCAUAAAUUUCUCAUGCGAGGCAAUUUGAUUGAUAAUAAUAAUGAAGCGUCAAAUAAUCGUGACAAUAAUUAUCGGUCAUCAAAAAAAAUUGAUUCCAGUGGUCGCCCAGUGAAAGGUCGUGGUUUUAUGCGAUAUAAUGGGAAAAGUCGUUCACGAUCACGUACACCACCACAUUGGCGUUCGGCAGUUGAAGAUCGCAGACGUUUCGCUGAUGGCAAUGACUUUCGUAAAUCAAACGCAAAUGAGAACAUUGAGUUUAACAGCAGACGUCGCCGUAUUGACGAUGAAAAACUUGAUAUUAAUAAAGAAGACCAUCAUUCACGUCGACAUGAAAGACGAAAAGAUGAUGAUCGUCAUCACUUAACUGAAUCAAUAUCAAGACAUAAGACGGAAACAAAAUCGACAAGUCCAAAUAAGAAUCGGAGUACAACUACUACUAAAUACAAGGAAAAAGACACGCUUAAUAGUCCAUUACAUCAUCGUUUUCGCUCACCAUUACCAACAACUGAUCCGUAUAAAAAAAAAGAUUUUGGUUCGCGACAUCGUCAUCAAUCACCAUCAACGUCAGAUGAGCAGCAACAAAACAAAACAGCUCAGCCUCAUCAACGACAAUCAUCUCGUGAUCAGGCAUCAGCACGUCAUCAUCGUCGUUCAAAAAUGUCUCCAAUUUUGCGUUCUCGAGUUCGUUCGCCAUCACCAAUGAUUGAUCAAGAUGAAAAGAACGAAUCUCGAUCACGCCCUCGUCGUUCAGCAACUCCACCACCAUUGCCGGCGAUUGAUCUCCGUCAAACGAAGGAUUCUCGCCGUUCAAAAACUCCUUCUGUUUCAUCUUCUCGAGUUCGUUCAGCGUCACCGAACUCGAAUCAAUUGGAAGCUGAAGAUUCUCGACCGCUUACUCAUCUUUCUAAAACGCCUCCAACUUCAGCUUCACCAGUUCGCUUGCCAUCACCUGAAGCGGAUCAGUUUCAAAAUAAAGAUUCUCGAACAAUUCAUCGACAAUCAAAAACUCCACCAGAUUCUUCUCAUAAUCAUCCAUCAUCACCAGCGAUUGUUUACAAGCAAGAUGUUGACAAUUCUCAAAUACACCAUCAAAAUAAUACAAACAUAGUUGGUUCAAAACCUUCAUCCACAAAACGACGUAAACGUUGGGAGAAUGACGAAGAAUUUAAUGAACGGCAAUCAAUAGCACAAGCAACACAACAUGCAAGUCUUGAAGAGGAAUUACGUAUGAUUGCACAAACAAGUGCAGCACAACUUGAACCAUCAAGUCAUUUCGUUAACAUUCCACAAGAAUCACAAAUAUCAACGACUGUUAGUAAAUCUAAAUGGGACGAUGAAGAAGAUACAUCAUCGAAGGGGAAAACUCAUCCUCCAGAGAUAACUUCUGAUAUUGCUGAAAAAGUUGAUAAACCGUCAUCGAUUGGAAAACAACAAGAAAAAACAUCAUCAAGCUACCAUCGGCGAGAAAAAGAACCAAGUCAUGAACGUAAUCGUGAUCGACACAGUCGUGAACAUGACCGUGACAGGCACAACCGUGGGAAUUAUUCAUCACAAACGAGCGGUGGUCGAUAUCGUCAUCGAGAUGAUUAUAAUAGCCAACAAGGUGGAAAUCGUCGAAGAUAUUCUCCCCGAGCAUCUUCUCGUGAUCGUCAUCAUGAUCGAAAUGAUAAAUAUCGAGGUCAAGAUCGAGAGCAUGAUCGACGAAAGGACGAUCGUGAACGAAAUAAUCGUCGUCGUAGUGCUGGUCAUUCGACCCAUUCAGAUCCACUGACACGACAUAAAUCGAAACGAGAAUCACCAAGUUCAUCCUCAUCGCCAUCAUCAUCAUCAAAUAGUUCAUCUGGAUCACGAAAUGAACGUAGUCGAACAUCGCCUGUUCAAUCAACUGAACAGAAAGAAAUAAAAAAUGUAUCUUUACCAUGUGCAUAA